AUGCAUUUUGCAGAAUUAGCUGCCGAGCAAAUGCUCAGUUCUGGUAUUGAAUUCAAAAUCGCAGCUUAUCUCAAAGAUAUCGACUAUAGAAGUUCUCAUGGACAGCUAGCACAGCUUAUUGCAGAGUGUUGCAAGCACGAUGAGUGGCGAAAUAGAAUAGCAAAGGUCCAGGUUGUUCCUUCAUUAAUUGGCCUAGUCGAAUCAGAUGACGAGAAAAACUGCUACCAAAGCCUGCGUGCCUUAGGCAAUUUAUGUUACGAAUCGCCUACUGGUAGGCAAUGUAUCGCUAGUAAUGGCGCUACGGAAAAGUUGAUUUCGAUAGUUUCAAGUAGCACUGCAAAGCCUAACAUUAAUAUGUUGCAAGUUUCACUGGGCUGCCUUCUCAAUUAUAUUAAUGACUGUGGCAUUAAAGAAAUGAUAGCACAUAAUGCCGGAAAUUUAUUACUGUUUCUAUUAUGCGACUAUCAAUAUCACGCUAUUCAAGAAUCAGUAAUCGAAACAAUUAUGGAACUCAUUGAAGACGACGACUUUCAGAGGCAGAUCUCAGAAGAUGAGCGUAUUAACAAUAUGAUUUCGAAAAUAGAACAGAUUGUUAAUGAUGAUGAUACAGAUGAAGAAACAAUUGAUAAUGUAGUGGCCAUUAUAGUUCACUUACUAGGCGGCAACUACAGCAUGAAAAUUAUGUUUAAUAAUGGAACAGGCAAAAUUGUACCAAUUCUACUAGGAUGGCUAAGAGAUAAGAGGGUAAAUCUGAAAGCCGCCGCUUGCCUUGGAAUUGGAAAUAUUGCUCGUUCAGAUUCAAAUUGUAAAAAAUUAACAGACUUCGAGAUUAUCCCUAAUUUACUGGAAUCUGUAAAACCAAUAGAAGAUACAGAUAGAAAUUCUAAACUGGCGAUUGCUGCCUUAAGCGCAAUAAAAAAUCUAUCAAUUUGCUCAUCGGUUAGACCAAAACUAAUCAACGAAGGUUCAAUCAACUCGAUAUCAUCGUUAUUGUCCUCUCUAUUCUCCCCCACAAUCUAUAAAUCGCUAAGUAUUCUGAGAUUACUAGCUACUGGGAAUGAUACCGUCGCCAAUCAAUUGGGAUCUAGUACGGAAAUUCUCACUCGUAUUGUCGAGCUUUGCAAUGUAUUAGAACACGAAGGUGUAUCAAGCGAAGCUUUACGUUUGCUGGCCUGUAUCAUCAAAGAAACACAAAACAAGAAUAUUAUAACAAACAUUGCUGCAAUAGGAGGAAUAGACCACAUAAUUUCUAUGUUGCAUAACCAGCAUACACAGUUACAGAAUGAGGGUGCUGUAGCUUUGUUGAUCACGUCAGCUGUGGCUGACGAAUGCCUUCAUCAGAGCUUACAUGAAGCUGGUAUUGUCAAAGAAGUUGUGAAAGUUGUUCAAGACAGCAAUGUAAUAGCUGAAGUACGUUGCAAUUUGCUAUCUUUGAUUGAAAUGUUAUGGAAAGUUGAACCACAUCAUUCCAAUUUGAAAUUGGCCGGGGUAGAAGAAGCUAUUCAUUGCCUUCGUGAAAAUGACAGUGAAUUAGUAAAAGCCAAAGCAAAGGAUGUUGUAAACAACUGUAGUCUUGGUGAUGCGUAA